AUGGCAGCGCAAUGGGACGCACAAAACGGCUCGACGGCGUCUACGUCGAGUCUGACGCUUGACGGGACCACUCUUGGCCUCGCCACAGCAGAUCAUGUCGCGUACAUGUGCCCCUUCCCGGGAUGCAACACGAUGAUCAUGAAUUGGGGCAUGGCACAAGAACACUCCAUCUUGCAUGCACAACAACAGACCCAGCAAGGCGGUCAGUCCCAACAGCAGAUCCCAACGCCUGCAGCGAGUAUGACCGCAACCGCGGCUGCAGCAGCAGCAGCAGCGGCAGCGGCAAUAGCAAGCGCUGCUGCAGAUCCGGUAUCUCAGACCUUUCUUCCAUUAAAUACUGCGCUUCAAGCCGGCCCAGGGAUGAUCGUUCCGCCGCCCAGCUGGCCGCUCAACGACGAUGAGGCGGGGUCAAGCAAGCGAAAACGAAACAAGGCGUCAGACGGAAGCAUCUUCGCAUGUCCAGUGUGCGGGAUUAAGGUGUCAAGGAUAGACAGUCUUACGCGCCACACCAAACGGAAGCAUCCGGAAUACGCAGAAAACGGGACUGCCAUCGAUCCGGUAUUUGAUUCGCUGGGAUCAUCGUCCGCGACGGUAGCCGCCGCAGCCACGGGUGGCGCAUCAGCGAGCUCGAAUUUCAACCUGAGUACCAGUGCGAGCAAGAAAGUACCAAAGCCCGCAGCAAAGGCAAAUGGGAGCGAAACAUCGUCCACGCACUCGACGCCACAGCCGCAGAAGAAGUUCGAGUGUGCCAUCUGUGGGACAGUGCUAUCCAGAAUAGACAGUUUGGCACGACAUAUGCGCAAGCAGCAUGGGCAAGCGCCGCCGCCAUAG